AUGUCUUAUGUGUUUGCCAUUAUCCUGCAACUUUAUACUGUUGCACAAAGGAUUCAACAAGGUCAGGGAGCAGUAUCACCACUAACUCAGGCAGUACAGCAGCAAGGAAUAUCGGUAACUUCAUCUCUGGACGGAAAUGGCACUUCACCUUCUCAUCAGUCAAUAUCUCAGUUUCACCUGUAUCAUUCCCUAUUAUUUAUUGUUGAUGCAUGUGAUCUGCUAUCUUUGUUAAGUAAUAAAGACAGCCAGUUAAAAAUUAUUGUUCCCUUACAGAUUACAAAAGUUACAAUGCAUACUGUUGCACAAAGGAUUCAACAAGGUCAGGGAGCAGUAUCACCACUAACUCAGGCAGUACAGCAGCAAGGAAUAUCGGUAACUUCAUCUCUGGACGGAAAUGGCACUUCACCUUCUCAUCAGUCAAAUACUAUAAGUAAUACAGAAGCCAAUGUCGUUGACGGAAUAAAUCUCGAAGAAAUCAAAGAAUUUGCCAAAGCAUUUAAAAUACGUCGACUGUCUUUAGGUUUAACCCAGACCCAAGUAGGACAAGCACUAAGUGCUACCGAAGGUCCAUCAUAUAGUCAGAGUGCCAUUUGCAGGUUUGAAAAAUUAGACAUAACGCCAAAGAGUGCUCAAAAAAUUAAGCCCGUCCUAGAACGCUGGAUGAAGGAAGCGGAAGAAAGGUACAAAAAUGGAGCGCACACCCUUACCGAAUUUAUUGGAAGCGAGACGACAAAGAAAAGGAAAAGGCGGACAUCCUUCACACCUUCGGCAUUAGAAUCGCUUAAUCAGUUUUUUGAUAAAAAUACUCAUCCUUCGGGAGCCGAAAUGACAGAGCUGGCUGAAAAACUGAACUAUGACCGAGAAGUAGUAAGAGUGUGGUUCUGCAAUAAGAGACAGGCAUUGAAAAACACCAUCAAGAAACUGAAAGGUGGAACAUUAUAAUGUUAGAUAUCUGUGCGAACGUGGGAAAAAUGCAAAGAAAAUUGUCAUGUGGAUUGCAUUAAUUUAAUUAGGCUAUACUCGUUUAUAUAGUAUAGUGUGAGAGUCGACAAAUUGUCGUAUUUGUAAUUUUAUUGACAAAAAUCAUCUGUAGAUAGUGCAUAAUGUAUUUGUGGAAAGUACAGUUGCCAUCUUAUCACAUAUACAAAAAAAACACAAAAAAAAAAAA